AUGGCCCCAAUCGAGCGCAUCACUCUCUUCAAGAUCCCGAACGAGGCGGAUCAGCAGCGCCUGCUGGAGCAGUACAAGGUGCUGACGAAGACGGCGACCAAGGAUGGCAAGCCAUACAUCGUCGCCGCCGCAGUCGGCCUGUCCUACCCUGACCCGCGCAACAAGGGCUACACCGUCUCCGUCAAGACGACCUUUGCCUCGAUGGAGGACAUGAAGUACUAUGACACCGAGUGCGAGGCUCACAAGGCCUUGAAGGCAGUGGCCGGGCCGAUUAAAGAGGAUAUUUUGACGACCUUCUACGAAAGUGUGCUAUAA